CUACAGGCGCACAAUACAUAUUCCCUGAUCUUUGCCUGCACCUGUGGUGUGAUAUUAGGGAUUGGUUUCUUUGCCAACCUACUGGUUUUCUCCCUCUUUGCCAAGUACAACACACUGAGAAAAAACCGUCUGGACAUCCUGCUGCUGAGCAUGGCCCUCGCUGACUUCCUCACCCUGCUGCUCAUUCCCUUCACUCUGCACUCCGCCAUGAGCUUCUCCUGGCCCCUGGGAGACACCUCCUGCAAAGUCUAUCAGUUCCUGCUGGCGUUCCUGCUCGCUGCCAGCACUUACUCGCUGUGUGCAGUGUCUAUGGCCAGAGCCAUGAUAAUCACUAACCCUUACCAGCCACCCACCAUGGACUUGGUAGUCCUAAUGUUCAUGCUGGUCUGGGCUCUCAGCUUCUUCAUCAGCCUACCACUACGACUCUUCGCCACCAAGGUAAGCCUCGGUCCAAGUAUGAACAAUGUAAGCUUUUGCUUACCCACCAUCCAUGAGCAUCAUUACCAGGUGGUGAUCAGUCAGUUUGUCCUCUACUACUUUGUGCCGAUGCUAGUCAUUGCAGUCAAUUAUGUACGUCUAACACUAUUUUUACACAAAAGCCCUGUGAUGUCAGUGGCCAGUGCUCGCAAUACUCGGCGGGCCUCACUCAUGGUUUUCCUGGCUGCAGGGACAUUUUCAGUGUGCUGGUUACCAGGAUACAUACUGGAGCUUUGUGUUUACCUUGGCCUGUACCGCCACGGACAGUCUUGGGAGAUGUUCUACUUCACCUGCACUGUGCUGCAGUAUCUGCACCCGUGCGUCAACCCAGUGCUGUACGUGCUGCUGUCUAAACGCUACCGCCAUGGGAGGGCAGUGUGUCUACUCAACUGCAACAAGAACAGGGUCCAUCCUCAUGUUAUCAGUGUGACUGACAGCUUUAAUUAA